AUGAGUAAGACUGUUCAUUUUUCCUCGGGGAACCCUAGAAUCGGGGAGACUCGCGGCGUCAUGCACCUAUUUCCAGAUGAUUCCGUUUCGCCGUCCUCUUCUUCUUCCUCCUCGAAUCUCCCUGUACGAUCUCUUCCUUACGUAAUUCAAAUCGGUUAUUCUUUCGAUUGGUUGCAUGAAUUUAUCUCCGCUUUUUUUAGUUGCUUGUGUUCGUUACGUGAAUGGGGAGCUAAGUUCACGCCUUGGGUUGUUGAAGCAGCAAAGGCUUACCCUUGGUUUGAGAAUGUUUGUUUGAAACGGAUGUUUGUUACUGAUGAUGACUUGGCUCUUCUCGCUGAGUCGUUUCCUGGUUUCAAGGAACUUGUCUUGCUUUGUUGUGAAGGUUUUGGGACUAGUGAUAUCGUUCUUGUUGCCAACAAGUGCAGAAAGCUGAGAGUACUUGAUCUGAUUGAGUCUCAAGUGGCUGAUGACGAGAUGGAUUGGAUCUCUUGUUUUAG